AUGUCUUCCUUCCAUCGUAGGGAUCUUAGACAAUCUAUGGAAUGGGCGGCAGAUGAGUGGGUGGACAUAAAAUCAAGAUCUGAUCUCGUGGGUUCUGUCCUAUCCUUGAUGAAGGAGAAAGAGGUCGAGGUGAAACAUGAUGAAAAGCUAUCUGGUGCUGGUGAUGGUGAUGGUGUGGUUUCUCCAAAUGGUGAAGCUAAACCAACCGUCUCUCUUUCGGUAGCUACAACCAAUAAGUCGUCUACUAAGCAGCCAGUUCCAGAUCUUCUAAAAGACGUCUUGGUCUUUGAUUUAAAUUGGGAGCCAUCGAAGAAGCGGAAAAGAUCUGCCAGUUACGGUAGACACAAGCCUAGCGCAGCUGAAGGUUUGUCACGUGAAAGAUCCUUAGAUUGUCAGAAGUGCAGUUCCAUGGGAGAUUCUCUGUUUAGCUCUCCUGUUGUUAGCCGAAGGAAGCGUAAUCGAAUUGUCAGUUACUGUCCGCACAAACCUAGCUUGACUGAUGGCUUCUCAUGUGAAAAGCCUUUGGACUGUGAGAACGGAAAGUUCAUGGGAGACUCUGUGUUCGGCUCUUCGGUUGGUCAGAGUUUGACUGGCCUAGUGAUGUCAAGAUGA